GCGGGGCAGGGCGGGGGCACGGGCGUGGGAGGCGGAGAGACGCGUCUGUCCGCGGGGACGGAGACGGGGACAAGCACGGGAACGGAGCGGGGUAUGGUGGCAGGACCGGCAUGUCGGGGGCGGUGCUGGGGUGCUGGUGCCUGUGACAGAAUGCCGGUGCCGGUGUCUCGGUGCUUGUGCCGGUGCCGGUGUUUGUGCCGGUGCGUACGUGUUGGUGUGUCGGUGUUUGUUUGUGCCAGCGCUGGGGUUUCUGUGGGUGUGCCGGCGUGGCGGUGACAGUGCGGAGGUGUCGGUGUAGGGAUGUCAGUGCCCACGACAGGGUUUCAGCGUUGCUGUUGGGGUGUGGGUGCCAGUGCUGGUACCCUCGGUGGGUGUACUGCGGUGCUGCUGCUGGUGACAAAGUGCCAGUGCUGAGGUGGCAGUGCCAGGGUGUUGGUGCCGGAGUGUCAGUGCUGGUGACAAGGUGCUGGUGACAGUGUUGCUGGUGCUGGGAUGUCAGUGCUGGUGCUGGGACAUCUGGUGGCGGUGUCGGUGCUGCUGAGGUGCUAUUGGUCCCUGUGAUGGGGUGAUUAUGGUGGUGCCAGGGUGUGGGUGCUGGUGAUACAGUGCAAGUGCCUGUGACGGGUGCUGGUGCCGGUGCUGAUGCCAGUGCUGGGGUGGCUGAGGCGGUGCCCAUUCCCCAGCAGGACGGUGGCAAUGGCAUCAGACGAGCGGCUGGCCCGCUUCCGCCAGGCCCACCUGAACCCCUUCAACAAGACCCCUGAGGAGCUGGAGCGCCCUGAUGAAGAAUCCCCUGCCCCAGCCCCCCAUCAGACCCCACUUUGCAGCCCAGCAGCCGGAUCCCACCCCAGGGGACCCCGAGGGCGCCCUGGACCUGGGGCUGGCCGAGGACCACUUCUCCCGCCCCGUGGGGCUGAUCCUGGCGUCGGACGUGCCGCAGCUGCGCCGGGCCAUUGAGGAGUGCAAGCGGGUGAUCCUGGCGCUGCCCGAGCACUCGGAGCGGCAGAAGGACGCCGUGGUCCGGCUCAUCCACCUCCGCCUCAAGCUGCAGGAGCUCAAGGACCCUGGUGAGGACGAGCCCAACAUCCGGGUGGUCCUGGAGCAUCGUUUCUACAAGGAGAAGAGUAAGAGCGUCAAGCAGAUGUGUGACAAGUGCAGCACCAUCAUCUGGGGGCUCAUCCAGACCUGGUACACCUGCACAGGCUGCUACUACCGGUGCCACAGCAAGUGCCUGCCGCUGGUGAGCCGGCCGUGCGUGCGGGCCCAGGUGAGCCACCAGGCCGAGUACCAGCUCAGCAUCUGCCCCGAGAGCGGACUGGACAGCCAGGACUAUCGCUGUGCUGAGUGCCGGGCCCCCAUCUCCCUCCGGGGUGUGCCCAGCGAGGCCCGGCAGUGUGACUACACCGGCCUCUACUACUGCUCCAGCUGCCACUGGAACGACCUGGCCGUGGUGCCCGCCCGUGCCAUCCACAACUGGGACUUCGAGCCCCGCAAGGUGUCACGGUGCAGUAUGAGGUACCUGGCACUGAUGGUGUCACGGCCGGUGCUGAAGCUGCGGGAGAUCAACCCACUGCUCUUCAACUACGUGGAGGAGCUGGUGGAGAUCCGGAAGCUGCGCCAGGACAUCCUGCUGAUGAAGCCCUACUUCAUCACCUGCAAGGAGGCGAUGGAGGCGCGGCUGCUGCUGCAGCUGCAGGACAGGCAGCACUUUGUGGAGAACGACGAGAUGUACUCGCUGCAGGACCUGAUCGACAUCGAGGCCGGGCGCCUCGGCUGCUCCCUCACCGAGAUCCACACGCUCUUUGCCAAGCACAUCAAGCUGGACUGUGAGCGAUGCCAGGCCAAGGGCUUUGUCUGUGAGCUGUGCCGGGAGGGCGACGUGCUCUUCCCCUUCGACAGCCACACCUCGGUCUGCGCUGACUGCUCUGCCGUCUUCCACAGGUACCACACGCUGGGGCGGGGUAUGGGGACAUGGGGGUGGCAGGGGGUGACCCAACACUGUCCCCACCCCUCCAGGGACUGCUACUACGACAACUCCACCACCUGCCCCCGGUGCGCCCGGCUGAGCCUGCGGAAGCAAUCCUUGUUCCAGGACUCCAGCACGGAGGCAGAGCCCUGAGGGGGUUUGGCCCCAUUUUGGGGUCUCAGGCCCGAGACUGCCCCUCACCCACCACAGGGCCCUGGGAUGGACACAAUCAACCCAGUGGUGGUUUGGGGACUGGGCUGGCCCUGGCUCUGGGGUCUUCUGCUCAUGGAAAUGGCAGCACUGCCGGGAGGGAAUCCCAGCUGGACCCCAGCCAUUCCGGGGAGCAUGGAGAGCCUCGCAGAGGGGCCAGGAUUGGGUUAAUGGGAUCCGGUUAAGGCCCCACAGCGGCUCCUGCCGUCCCUGCCUCGAACCGGGGUGCAGCCAGGGCUGGUGCUGCGCUGUCCUGGGGUGACAGCUGUGUCAGGCGGGCUCAGCCCUGGCACCGGGAUGGGACCGAGUCCCUCCCGCACACAACGCUGGACUCUGCUCCCUCCCCAGCCCACAGCACCAGAGUUACCGGGGCCGAACCCAGGGGGAAUGUUGUGGGAUCUUCCCUGGGCUGGACGGGGUGCGGUGUGGAGCCUCCCUUUCUCCCCGGUGUUUCCUGUAGCAUCAACGAGCCUCUUUGCGCAACCCA